AUCUGGAAAACUUGGGAUUUUUGUGAAAAGCUACCUGGGGUUUUGCAACCCUAAUAGAAAUAAAGUUGUAUCAUGUUUCAGGUUUCAUUCAGGUCUUUGUUUAACACAAUAAUAUGUCUUUGGCAGGAAAGAGACCAGAUUCUCACUCCAGUAGGAAGAGAUUCUCCAAUAGCGGGAAGAGUCCUUCAGGGAAACCAGAACCAGAGACUCCCAAACCAGCAAGACGACACCACUGUUCCCAUUGUGGAAAGAGUUUUAUGAAGUUACGGAACCUUAAAGAGCAUGAGAGGACACACACGGGAGAAAAGCCUUUCCAAUGUUCCCAAUGUGGAAAGAGUUUUACCGUGUUAGUUAACAUGAAAAGGCAUGAGAGGACACACACAGGAGAAAAGCCUUUCCAAUGUUCCCAAUGUGGAAAGAGUUUUACCUUGUUAGUUAACAUGAAAAGGCAUGAGAGAAUACACACAGGAGAAAAACCUUACAAAUGUUCUCUGUGUGGCAAGAGUUUUACCCAGUUAGGGAGCCUGAAAAUACAUAACAGAAUACACUCUGGAAAGAAGUCUUACCACUGCUCCCAAUGUGGGAAGAGUUUUAACCUGUUAAAGCACCUGAAAUCACAUGAAAGAACACAUUCAGGAGAGAAGCCUUUCCACUGUUCUCAAUGUGGAAAGACAUUUUCUCAGUCAGAGGACUUGAAAUCACAUGAGAGAAUAGAGAGGCUGUGUUCUGACUUGUGUUUUUGACUGGGAAUUUGUGUUUUUGUUUAUGCAACUUGAAGUCAUACUGUUUUUAUGAAACCUUACUCACAUAAAUAUUUUUUUUUACAUGAAACCUUA